AUGCUGUCCAAAUCUCUCGCUCUCCUCGCUCUAGGCGCUCUAGCCCAGGCUCAAUCCCAAGUCCAAGAAGGCGCCCCAGCCCCCGUCCUCCUCAACGCCGCAAAAUCUGGCGUCAUUCCCGCUACACCUACCGCAACCCCUUUCACCGGCGCCGACACAAUCCAAGGCGCCAUCGUCUCGCCCCUGCCCCCAGCCCCCGGCUACCUACCCGGCGAAACAGGCGGCCUCCUCGGCACAGCCACCGCCUCUACGAAUCAACCCGCCUCCACCUACCUCGCCGUACUACCCCAGGUCCAAUACAACCCCUUCGUCGACAGCACCGUCUCAGGCAGCAUCCAAGCCGUCGGUGGACCCCAGGGUGUAUCCUUCACUGUCAAUCUAACCAACCUACCCUCACAAGCCCAAUACGGUCCUUUCAACUGGCACAUCCACGCCCUCCCCGUCCCCAGCGAUGGAAACUGUACCGCAACAAUGGGCCACCUCGACCUUACCAACCGCGGCGAACUCGUCAUGUGUGAUGCUGCGUUGCCUGCGACGUGUCAGGUUGGCGAUUUGGCCGGUAAGCACGGCGGCAAGAUUAUGACGAAUGGAUCGUUUGCGACGAGUUUUGUGGAUCCGUAUUUGAGCGUACAGAUGGGGAGUCCCGGGUUCUUUGGCGGGUUGGCGUUUGUACUGCAUACGGGGAAUACGACGAGGAUUACUUGUGCCAACUUUGAGGCCGUGAAUGGGAACGCGACGGGCGGUGGGAAUGCGACUGCGGGUAUGCCAAGUCCGACGGGUAGUGGUACUAUGCCAGAGUAUACGGGCAUGGCUGCUAAGCUUGGUGGAAGUGUUGUUGCGCUUAUAGUCGAUAAUAAUUAG